UGAUCACUAUAAACGACACUAUUUUGAAUGGGAUUUGAUGCUGAUCUAACAAAUAAAGCAAUAUAAUAGCUUGAUUCUUAUUUUUUAUAGUACUUGGUACUGAUUUAUUAGUAUAUAUAUAAUAUAUAUACGAGAUUUGUUGAUCCUGUUUCAUUUACCCCUCUCACACAAUGGCCUGUGUUUAACCACACAUAUAGUUAUUUAUCUAAUCCAUAUUGAACACCUUUUCCUAUCAAAUUCCCCAAGUCAUAAAUCACCCAAUGCAAAAAAGUUGGCUAGGCCCUUCUGGCUGAUUACUGUCUUAGAAAAUAGGGAGAAGGUGACUUCUUAGUGUUAUAGUUGUGGAGUAACGCCAGAGAGAUUUUUUUGAUUAGUGCUAUUUUCGUCGGCAAUCAAGUAGAAGCUAAAAACUUAAAAGACACCAUCUAGAAGAAGGCAUCUUCAGUUUUCACAAUGAGAGCAUUGGCUAACAUAUAAUCCAUCAUUAGAGGUUUCUAUUGCUUUAAAACACCAAGAAGCACCAACCGUUUUGGCCUUUAUCAUGAUUGUUGCUUUUGAAGUUAACUUAGCUCUCUUAUGUUGUUGCCAAUUUGGUUAGGUUAAUGUACCCAACUUCUUACAUCAACCUCAUACCUUUCUUUAAUACAUCAAUUAAAUAGACCCCUGUUUAUCUAAACUCUAGUAUUAGCAUAGUUAACUAAUUUUUACAUUAUUGCCAUAUUAUCAACGACGCUUCACCAUCAUGCUAAAUCUGUGAAGGUCAUAUUUCACUAAAAAGGGUAAAGAUAUAAUAGUUUGCGACCGAUAAGCUAAUGACAAGACUAGAGGUGGAUGAAUGAGUGUGGGAGUUGAAAUAGAUCAUCCUGAGGAAGAAACCUUAACCAACUAUGCAAAAUUAACCAUAUUUAAUUUACCAACUUGUAUAUAAAUGGGCAGGUUUGGUGAGAUAUUUAAGAACUUUCAACCUUUUAUGGGGAAACUUCCAUCUUUUUAAGGACUCUUCUUCUUCUAGUCCCUCUCAUUCUCCAUGGAAGGUCUAAUCCCAUAUAUCUACAAAGCCAUAGUUCAGUACAGGAACAAUGAUCAGCCUCAAGUUACAGUGAUUCAGUUUGAUGAAGUGCCUUCAGCUUCCUAUGUGAGAUUGCCUGGAAAUUCUGGGAGAUUCAGGAUGCCAGAUGUUCAGUUCUUUGCUUCUUCGCCUCCUUCAUCGCCUGAACCAUUAAAGCAACCUAAAGGAAGUCAAGUUCUUUAGUAUAAUUUGUCAUGUUUUGUAAUAGAGUAAAUUGCGGAUAGACCCUGAAUAUCGUAGUAAGUUUAAAACAACGAUACUGCAAGGGUUCUAUCCGCAAUUAAGGCUUCGUAAUAGGUUAUGGACUUCCAAAAGAGGAGGAUUUACCCUUUAUUUGUGAAUUUAGUGAGUGUUUUGAAUUGUGAAGUAUGGAUGUUUUGUGUAGAUAGUUGAGUGAUAUGUUUGAGGAUCUAACCUAU